AUGUCUACCCACUCAAACUGGCCGGGCACAGCGCAGUCGAAUUUCAGUUCUACGGCAUCCUUCUCACCCGCGGGAUUCUACCUGCCAAAGCCCGAUAACGAUGCGGAUAUCGAGAAGCUGUUCAUCGAUCUUAUGCACAAGCGAGGAUGGCAGAAUCUACCAGAGCAGGCUCGCAGGCAGAUGCUUGCAUACGCUCCAGCUAAGAAGUGGACGCUUGUGCACCAGGACAAGCUGACAGAGUGGCAAGGUGAGCAGAAACGCAGGCAGCAAGCACGACAAACCGGUGUAGUCGACGGUGCCAUGGCAAGACCCGACUUGGAAGGCAGUCCGGAAUGGUAUGUCAAGAGGAUCAUGGACAACAGCAUAACCACAAAACAACUACAGAGCUUGAGCGUCAGUCUGAGAACACAGCCAAUCCAUUGGGUGAAGACGUUCAUCGAGUUGCAAGGCCAGAUUGCCUUGACGAAUGUGCUGAUUAAGAUCAACCGGCGGCAGGAUGGUGGUCCAGUACAACAAAAUUCGACGGCUUCGAGCGAGAAGGAUCUGGACCGAGAGUAUGAUAUUGUCAAAUGUCUCAAGGCCCUGAUGAACAACAAAUAUGGCGCCGAUGACGCUCUCAACCAUCCUCAGAUCCUUAUUGCGCUGGCAAUGUGCCUCAUCUCGCCUCGAUUGACAACGAGAAGGCUGGUCUCGGAAGUCAUGACAUUCUUAUGCCAUUGCGGCGAAGGCCAAGGGCAUCUGAAAAUACUGCAGGCCUUGGACCACGUCAAGAGUAUGAUCAACGAGAAUGGCAGAUUCGAUGCCUGGAUGCGCAUUGUCGAGGUCACCAUCGAUGGUCGAGGCAAGAUGGGCAGUCUGGUCGGUGCCAGUGAGGAAGUCAGGAGUGGUGGCGUCGGUAUGGAAAACCUGUUGAUGGAAUAUGCUGUGGCCACCCUGGUGCUCAUCAACAGCAUGGUCGAUGCGCCCGAGAAGGAUCUUCAGCUAAGAUGCCACAUCCGUGCUCAAUUCAUUGCGUGUGGUAUCAAGCGUAUCUUGACCAAGAUGGAGGGCUUCCAAUACGAUGUCAUCGAUAAGCAGAUCGAAAAGUUCCGGGAGAACGAGGCCAUCGACUAUGAAGAUCUUCUACAGCGUGAGGGCAGCAGCAUGGUCGAUAGCAUCGAAGGUGAUGUUAAGGACAUGACCGACCCCAUGCAAAUCACCGACGCCAUCAUGAAUAGGAUUCAGGGCACCAGAACGCAGGACUACUUCAUAUCGGCCAUGCAGCAUCUGCUCAUUCUUAGGGAGAACAAUGCGGAUGAUCGACUUCGAAUGUUCCAGCUAGUAGACUCGAUGCUGAGCUAUGUGGCUAUGGACAGACGGCUGCCCGACAUGGACCUCAAGCAGAGUCUCAAUUUCACAGUUCAGAGUCUGCUUGAUAAACUAUAUACCGACUCAGAAGCUCGCAUUGCUUUCGAUGAAGCUACCGAGUCGAGACAGAUUGCCGAAGCGGCUCUUGCGGAGCGCGAUGAAAUGGCUUCGAAAGUUGCCAUGGGCGCUGAUGGCCUUGUGGACCGAUUGCAGAAGCAUAUCGAUGAGCAGACGGAGAUUAUUGAGAUGCAGAAACGCCAAGCCGAGGCCAUGAAGUCUGAGAUUUCCGAGCUGCAGAGACUGCGGGCUGCUGAACUCCAGCGGAACGAGCUCGAGACUAGGGAAUUGUAUCUGAUGCUGAAGGAUGCCCAAGAUGUCGCUGCUUCUUCUGCCAAAAACGCAAACGUGCCUGGUCAGGAUCCAGCUCAGAUGCAAGGUAUUCUCGACCGUGAAAGGCUCAUGGAGCGCCUCGAGCGCAAUCUUGAACGGACUAAGACUCAGUUCAAGCUUGAAGGCAAGGUGUGGGGUCAGAAUGGUCCUUCGGAGCGUCUCCGCGAGCUACGGGAGCAAAUGGACGACAAUCCAAAUGAGGCAGACUUCCAAGAGAGGACUCGCGGUCAGCUCACACAGAGCGUGAUGGGAAGCGUCAAUCGCAGCAAUGCUCAUAGAUCACGGAAGCCUCUACCUGGAAGACCUCCUGUCCAGGAGGAAGAGGACGAGGACGUGGAGGCUGAGAUGGUCUUCGAAAAGCCCCGGAUAGUGGAGAUGAGCCGCCCGAAGAUGGACAAGAAGCAACAAGCGAACUUGUUUGGCGAAUUGGCGUCCAAGGUGAAGCGGACAGACGCUAGCGACGAUGAGGCAGAUGGAGAUGGGGUCACCACCGGUCCGACACAUCCAAGCCUUGAGUCUCAGUCACCGAAGACACCUCUCGAUGAUGUAUCAGAGGAUGGCAAAGCACCACUCAUGCCUGGCUUUGCUAAUGGCCCACCUCCGCCGCCUCCUCCACUACCUCCAGGAAGCAUGCCAGGGACACCAUUGAUAGCGGGCUUCAGCAAUGCUGCACCUCCACCACCUCCUCCUCCACCUCCGCCACCUGGCUCAAUGGCACCGCCUCCACCGCCACCGCCACCGGUUCCUGGAGCACCGCCUAUGCCCGGGCAGCAACAUGGCCAUUUCCUGCCGCAAGUUCAGAUGCCGGCUGUGCCCAUGAUGAAGCUGCCAAUGAUGCGCUCCAAGAAGAAGCUCAAGGCUUUCCACUGGGACAAGGUCGACAGCCCAGAAGUCACGGUCUGGGCAGACGCUGCAUCUCUGGAAGCCAAAGAAGAGAAGUAUCGGGAGCUGCAACGCAAAGGUGUGCUCGACGAAGUGGAGAAGCUCUUCUCUGCGAAGGACGUCAAAAUUAUUGGUGCUGCAGCUGGCAAAGGCAAGAACGACAAAAAGCAGCUCAUCUCAAGCGAUAUGCGCAAGAACUACCAUGUGGCUCUUGCCAAAUUCAAAAGCGAUUCUGCACAAGAUAUUAUACGGAAGAUCAUUCAUUGUGACCGAGAUAUUCUCGACAACCCAGUCGUCAUGGAUUUUCUACAGAGAGAUGACCAGUGCACUAUUCCAGAGAAUAUCGCCAAGCUCAUGGCGCCAUACAGCAAGGACUGGACGGGACCUGACGCCGUUUCUUCCACUCGAGAGCAGGAUCCCGAAGAGUUGACGCGAGAAGAUCAGAUCUAUCUUCAGACUGCUUACGAGCUACAUCAUUACUGGAAAGCCAGAAUGCGCGCUUUAGCUUUGACGAGAAGCUUCGAGCCUGAAUAUGACGAAAUAUCGAAGAAGCUCAAAGACGUCGUAAACGUGUCAGAAUCGCUCAGAGACUCGACAUCGCUCAUGAGCGUCCUGGCGUUGAUUCUAGAUAUCGGAAAUUACAUGAACGACUCCAACAAGCAAGCAUCUGGAUUCAAGCUCAGCUCUCUCGCACGCCUAGGCAUGGUCAAGGACGAGAAGAACGAAUCCACCUUUGCAGACCUGAUCGAACGUAUCGUCCGGAAUCAAUAUUCCGAAUGGGAGGGCUUCGUCGAAGAUAUCUCCGGUGUCGUCGGCAUUGCCAAACUCAACGUCGACCAACUGCGGCAAGAUGCGAAGAAGUACAUCGACAACAUCAAUAACAUCCAGUCCUCGCUCGAUGCCGGCAACCUCAGUGACCCCAAGAAAUUUCAUCCACAAGAUCGUGUCGCACAAGUCGUCCAGCGCUCGAUGAAGGAGGCCAGGCGGAAAGCAGAACAGCUUUCGCUCUACCUCGACGAGACCAGCCGGGUCUACGACGACAUCAUGACCUACUUCGGCGAAGACGCUUCUGACGAGAACGCACGCCGCGACUUCUUCGCUAAGCUGGCCGGCUUCGUCACGGAAUGGAAGAAGUCAAGAGAGAAGAACGUGACAAUGGAAGACAACAAGCGCCGCAUCGAAGCCUCGCUUGCACGGAAGAAGGCCGCAACGGCAAAUGUCCCCUCAAUUAACGGCAGCGGCACCGACUCACCCACCAGUCCAACCGGCUCAGGUGCAAUGGACUCUCUGCUUGAGAAGCUGCGCGCCGCCGGACCACAAGCCAAAGAUCAGCGCGAUCGCAGACGACGAGCACGGUUGAAGGAGCGCCACCAGGUACGACUAGCUAGCGGCCAACAGCUGCCCGAUCUGGAAAUUAAGGAUGAUCUUGAGGCCAGUCGGGGGCUCUCGACUGCGCGAUCGGAGGGCGACGAUGGAGACAGCACCUCUGCCAUUGCCGAAGGCGACGAGGCCGCUGACGGCAACGACACCAACCCCCGAAAGCUAAUCGCAGGCACAGCAGACGGCAAUGUCAGCGAAAGCGAAGACGUCGCCGACCGCGCGCUCAAAGCUCUGAAAGCCAUGCGGAGCGCAUCCGCCACGCCGGACAAUGACGCUGAUCUCCAACUGGACGUGAGGCGGAGGCGAGAGGGCGCAGAAGAGGAGCGGAAAGCGAGACGUAUGAGGAGGCGGACACAGCAGAACAAUCAGAGUAUCUCAUCUGCGAGUGGGAUUUUGACACCGCUGCAGGGCGAGUUCCCGGAGAGUGUAAAGAGCCCACCUGCCACAGCAUCGGGAAGUGCGUUGGAGAACGUUGAUGAGGGUGUGGCAAGCGAAGCUGUUGGUCAUGUGCCGACGCCGACGAUCGUGAUCAGUCCGGAGAUUGGCUCGGAUGAUCAUGAUGGGAAGGCGGAUUCGGGCAAUGAAAAGGAGGGGACGAAGGGGAAACCGCUCGAGAUUGGCGACUAA